CUACACGUGUUUGACAGACAUAGGAAAAAGCCUGCCUAAUGUCAUUGCCAAGGCAACAAGAUUGACGCCAGAACGUAAAUCUUUGGAUUGUGUGAUAAAUAACGCCUUCUUGUUCAGAACGUGAAACGAUAACCAUCCAUAUGGGUAAACAGGGGCGCACUAAGGCACAAAAACAGGCUGGACAGUCGAUCGUCGGUCAGUCCAAGAGCAAGACCAAAAAAGAAACAGCUGUGUUUAAGGUGGCAGGUGUGAGAAAGACUAAAACAAAGAUGGUUAACACUAGUCUUAAAAAGUUAAAUGUACAAACAAAGUCGAAGACAGAGGAAGCCAAUAAAAAGUUCGAUAGACUCAAGGAAACGUUAGCUUCAUCAAAAGUUACAACGCCAUCCAAGAAGGUAAAAUUGGAAACGAAGGGACCACCCCCCGAUGUCAGCAAAGCAGCAGAGGAAUUUGCAAAGCUAUAAACAAACUUCAGAGGCAUUGACAAAACCAUGCGGGUCUGUUUGCCAGGUCCUGGAGUCGGACGACCAUAGGAUACUAAUAUCGAAACUUUAACUUUUAGACACAACAAGACGUAAUAUCUGAAUUCUGGUCAUUACGGUGGCGGGAACACCAGAUUACAAUUGUAUUUCAAUUACAGAAGAGCAGCCAUGUCUUCAUGCUAACUCGAUAUAUCGGGAUGCUGAAUGAGUGAAAUACACAACACAAUAAUAGACUGGAUCUAGAAUAAAAUUUCUUUAAAGUAAAUGCGUUUUCAAUAAACAAUAUGUUUGAAGUUAUAGCUUCUUGGGGUCGGAACUCCAUAUUUUGUUAAGUACAAGAUGUUAUUUCACUGACAGAGAGGACAGCCACACACUCAUGUGAACUUGAUGUAGCCCAACACUAAAUAUUGAACAUGGUAAAUUAGAUACUGAGAUAUGUGUGUGAGUGAAACUACCAUACCUUUUAUUAUUGAAUUGUAUUCUUUCCAACCAGAUUUGUAAUAAUAGAAUUGUUUAUUUUAAAUCAACUUUAUUAAAUGAUGUCAUUAAA